ACUUGUGCGGGGCCAAUACAGCCGUCAGAGCAUUUUGUGGGAUAAAGGCAAAACGUUGACACAACCAGCCAAAAUGGGGAAAGUGGAAGGAGGAAUGAAAUGCGUGAAAUACCUUUUGUUCGUGUUCAACUUCAUAUUUUGGUUGAUGGGAUCCUUGGUUCUAGCAGUGGGACUGUGGCUACGUUUUGACCCAGAAACUGUGUCUCUGCUCAGUGGUGACAAGGCUCCAGACACCUUUUUCAUUGGUGUGUAUAUCCUGAUAGGUGCCGGCAGUCUGGUGAUGUUGGUUGGUUUCUUUGGCUGCUGUGGAGCUGUUAGAGAAUCUCAGUGCCUGCUGGGUUCAGUGAGUACAAAUGUAUAUGAACACAAGAGCAAAAAACUCAAAUGCACCUAUAAGCUUUACAAGUACUGUGUAUAUACUGUCAACUGUGUACUUCUUUUUCAGUUCUUCGCCUGUCUGUUGAUCAUCUUUGGAGCUGAGGUGGCAGCAGGGGUGUUUGGAUUCCUAAACAAAGACAAGAUAAUCGAAGAUGUUCAGAACUUCUACACAACAACCUACAAUGAAAACAGUAAUGGCACAUUGAUUGUCUCAUACCAGAAAGUACUGAACUGUUGUGGAACUCUGGCUAGUCCCUGUCCUGAUACUGAACCAAACAUCAAGGACUGUGAGACAGGCAUCAAGGACUUCUUCAACAAUAAACUCUACAUCAUUGGGUACGUGGGCAUUGGCAUCGCUGGAGUCAUGAUCAUUGGAAUGAUCUUCAGUAUGGUGCUCUGCUGUGCCAUUCGGAACAGCAGGGAGGUCAUCUAAGCUGCCCCUGACCCCUAAUGUACCCAGCCCAGAAAGACUGUGCAGCCUUCAGAUCAGAUGUUAACUGCUGUCAUCAUCUGCCAAGGGUACCAGGAAAUAGACCAUGUUCAAAAAAUCCUUCCCACUAUGGUGCUCAAACCAGCUCUCCUGGUCUUUCUCUGUUUUUUCUGUAUUUUUUCCUUCGUAUUUAUUUGCUGUCAAAAGCAAAGUAGUAUACUGUACUCUUAGCCAUUCAUUUAUCCAGUGAGAACAGUACCUCUAUUUGUGAUGUUGACCCUACAAUCUUGCAAAUUGUUAUUACUCCUGGCCAUUUGGCUACAACUACAAAUUUUAACCCACAUACUGUCGCAGUGGUGUCAAUGCUUUUUCACACAGUCUUGACACUGACCCUUUGACUGUGGGAAACUUAAGCCCCAAGAGAGCAAUCUGAGGUGAAAGCAGCUGAGUUUGCUUGUUCGCUGCGCACAAAUGAUCACAUGCACAUGGACGCGGGCAUGACACAUACGCACAGUAAUGUUAUGCUAUGUGAAACCACAGCCCUAAAAAAGGUUGUCUGGCAUCUCGCAAAGAAUCCUGAUUGGUGGAAUCGGAGUGGAGUGGAGAGGGAAUGGCGAGUGAAUGUUUCGAGAGUGCAUCCAUCAUGCACACAUCACACACAUAUUACAACGCACACACACUCUGUGAAUUGUGCAAUCAACACAGAUUGCUCUUUACCAGACACAUCCACAGUUUUGAUAAAGGGACAGUUCAACAUUUGUGGAGAUAUGUUUAUUUGCCAAGAGUUGAAAAGAGGUGAAAAGAUUUGUAGCACUCGCAUAUCUGCACGGUGAAUAUGAAACUACAGCCAACAAUCAGUUAGCUUAGCUUAGCACAAAAACAGGAAAUUGGGGGAAACAGCUAGCCUGGCUCUGAGGAGAGAUAACAUCAUUGUUUAACAUAGGUUUUGUUUUUGUUUGUUUUUUUAACAAAAUCAGUUUGUUUAGUUAUCUUUUGUCGUUGGAUAUAGAAAAACAAGAUUUUCUUCUUGUUUCCAGUCUUUUUGCUAAGCUUAGCUAAUUGGCUGCUGGCUGUAUAGCUUCAUAUUUAUUGUACAAACAUGAGAGUGGUAUCAGUCUUCUCAUCUAACUCUUGGCAAGUAAGGAUGUUUCCCAACUUUGGUUAACAUUAGUUAAUGUUCACUGGUGGAUUACAAAUGUAUAAAGUUAUAUGGAGUGCAUGGAGUAGUAGGAAAAGUAUACCCAAAAAGUAUAUAUAAUUUGUAGUUAAGGAGCUAAAACUUGCAUACACACUAUUGUCCUUUAAAGAUGAUUUUAAAAACAGCCCCACAUGAGCGAAACUACAGACCAAAUUCUCUCUUAGUCCCAAAGGAAAAGUUCCUCAGCUGUUAGGCGGAGCGACCUGGUUAUAUAAAUACCAUUUUCUAUCCGUUCUUUGUUGAUAUGUAUGUUCUCUUAGACUCUUACAUAAGAGAGCGCCCCUUGAGUCUGUGUUGACUAGGCUUAUAUAUCAAGACCCAGAUCAUAUGGACAUGUUUACAGGCUAAACAUAUACUAGUAGCCUGUUAACUGAGACUAGGGCUGUGAAAUGUACUUAUUCAAACCAGGCCUUUAAUCUUUUCCCACUUCUAUCUCUUUUGUUCCCCUCUGUGCCUUGAAAGUACAAUACCUACCAGAAAAACUCAGAAACAAACCCUUAUAUUCCCCUCACCUCAUCAACAUCAGCAAAUAGGAGGGUUUGACAGACAUGUUCAACUUGCCAAGUUGAAUCAGGCCACCAUUAAUUCUGUAGGGUCUAUUCCAAGUGUCAGGACUCCUUUAUGUAAAUAUGUGUGAGUUUUUUGUAGUUGUAUAUUAUUUGUGGCUGAUUUGAUCAUUACUAUUUAACAUGUGCUGUGUAGACAGAGGCUUGCAGUAGUUGUACAGUGUUGUAGUCAUGACAGUGUUUGCGAUAGUCAAACAGAGCCAAAACAGCCCCUUAUCGUGCCUUUCUUUGAUAACAAGCUAUUUUUGAACAGCAGGCUGUCUGGACGUAGCAAAAAAAAACGAAAAAAAAACCGUAGCAAAAGUGUACAUAUGUUUGUAGAGUUGGACUGCAACUGAAUUGUCACACACAUUCCACAGGCAGCACAUAUAGCUCGACUGACUUACCGUUAUUGUUUUUGUGUGUUUUAGUGUCACAUUCGACCAUGUCUUCCAAGACAAGAGAGCUAAACUGGUGAAAGCAUUAGCCAACUAUUUCGAAAACCUCUACUGGCACCAAGAACAUCUCAGUUAUCUUAAUAUUGAUUAUAUUCAAAUGAUUAAGCUAUGUGGGACAAGGAGACAACAGUCACUUAUUUAAAAAUCAGACUGCUGAGAUGCCAGCUGUGUUUAAUCUAAGGAGGGGCUGUCACUUUAGGGGCUGUGUUCAAUUAGAUUUGGAUGAACCAGGAACAGGUUUAGUGCUACUCAAACCACAAAGCUGUACUGUGUUUCUCAAUUAUUUGUUGGAGCAAAUCUGAAGAUGUAACGUACUUUGCAAAAACAUUAUGUACGCAGUCGAGCCUUUAAAUAGUUGAUUGUGUGUGGUAAUUUAUUUUGAUACCAUUCCAGGCUUCUCAGGAAGAUAGGUGUUUGAAGUUUAAUAAAGCA